AUGGCGAACUCAGGACAACGUACCCAGCAAAUCCCCCACCAUGUCACCGCGCUGCUCUCACACCUCACCUCCCGCCCAGGCGUGCAAUCCACCUUGAUCCUCUCCCGCAAAGACGGAUCCAUCAUCCAAAGUACAGGACAGCUAGCACAAACCGAAGAAAACAGCACCUCUCGCACCGCACACAUCCCAUCACCAACAACCGAACAGAGCCCUUCAUCCACUACCCAACCAACAGACCCAUCCCCUGUCCUCCCCGCCGUCUCACAGCCCUAUCAACCCUCGCAAGCCGAAACACUAGCCGCCCACAUCUUCGCGUUUGUCUCUAGUGCCGAAGCACUCGGUGUCUCGCUAUCCCGACCCACACUCACUGUGCAGCGACCCAGCGACGCCCAUUGGGAUGUUAACUACGAAUACGCGAACGAGGGCACGGCACGUGAGGAAGACCGGGACGGUGAUGGCUUCGAUCGGGAUGAGGAUGGGGAUGUGAAGCUGCUGAGAAUGCGUACGAAGAAGCAUGAGAUUGUGGUCGUUCCGGAUCGGAAGUACUUGCUGUGUGUUGUACAUGAUGCUUCACCCGGUUCGGCGCCGGCGGCGGGCUCGCGUCGGUAG